AAAUUCUCGGGUUAAAGUCUAAAGCCUGACUCUGCGGGACGGUGACUGGUUAGCGUAUUUGAAGAAAUCCUAUGGACUAAAGUAAUUGAAGUUGACUUUGUGAGAAAUUUCUUGUCUUUAACCUUUAAAUUCAGAUAGAUUUUGCAGAUUUACCAGAUUUACAGUGUUACAGAGCAUAGAAUUGAAGUCCAGGUUAGAGUUCUCUCGCAUUUUAGAUCAAUCAGGAGUCUUCUUGUUUGGGCGUUCGAUAUUGGGUUGGUGAGAUCAGAUGGCAGAAGGAAGCAAUCACUCACGAUAUGUGAAGCUGACGAAAGAGCAAACGGCUGUAGAGGACAUUAAGCCUGGUGAGCUGAAUCAGCCAAUCGAAGUUCCUCAGUUGGCUGUUCGCAAGUGCAACGAAUGUGGGCAGCCUCUGCCCGAAAACUUUGAGCCUCUAGCAGACGAGCCUUGGACUACCGGAAUUUUUGGCUGUACUGAAGAUACUGAAAGUUGCUGGACAGGACUAUUUUGUCCUUGUGUAUUAUUUGGGCGAAAUGUUGAGAGCUUACGAGACGAUACCCCUUGGACUAGACCUUGCAUUUGUCAUGCCAUUUGUGUUGAAGGUGGAAUGGCACUGGCAGCAGCAACAGCGAUCUUCCAUGGUGUUGACCCAAGAACAUCAUUUCUAAUCUGUGAGGGUCUACUUUUUGCUUGGUGGAUGUGUGGCAUUUACACUGGUCUUGCUCGGCAAUCCUUACAGAAGAAAUAUCACCUCAAGAACUCACCCUGUGAUCCAUGCAUGGUGCACUGCUGCUUGCACUGGUGUGCUUUGUGCCAAGAACACAGGGAGAUGAAAGGACGCCUAUCAGACAACUUUGUGAUGCCAAUGACCAUCGUCAAUCCACCCCCUGUUCAGGAGAUGAACUCCGCCAGUGAGAACCAGAAUUCUGAACCAUCCUCUGAAAAAGGCACCAACUUAGAGAUGCAGCCUUUGUGAAUCCACAGUCACAAGUACACAAAAGUCUAGUAAUAAGCAAAUUUCAUAUGGAAAAUGAUUUUCCAGCUGUAGAACAGAUACUUAUACAAGAAACUCUCGAGAAUGAUGAACCUUUGCUAGAAUUGAUACUUUUUGGAUGUAGGGAAGUUCAGUUUUGACAAGUAUUGUUGUCUUCUCAUAUUCACCCAUAUCUUGUACCUGUUUUCUUACUUCAUUUGACUACACAAGAUGCCAUUUUGUAUGCAACAUCGCUUUCAGGCUUCCAGUUUCUUUUGUUGUUAAUUUCGAAGCACAUGGUCGCUUCUUGUAUUAUUGAUUCUCUUAUUGGGAAUACACUCUACAAUAGUCUCAGAUUCACAUAA